UUUCAAAUCCCCCAUGUGUUUUCGUAGGGGGAAAUGUUGUUACAGGUUAGCUGGCCGGAGCUGGCUGUCGGUGUGUUUUUACGACUUUAACAAACUAAAACAUGAUACAUGUGCGUUUUUGAAACACCGUAGCAAGGUAGCGUUGGUUAAAAAUCAAAUUGGCGAACGUACUGGCCAAAGAAAUCUUAUUGUUGUAUAGUAGUAUUGUGGUCAAGAGGACGACUUUCCUCAACCCCCUUUUCUGGCGCUGGUUAACAUUAGCAGGAUAGCCGCUGCCUCUUCCAUACUUUUGUAGAACAAGGGAACAGUUGAGUUUGGAGACAUGGCGGAGACGAAAAUAAUUUAUCACAUUGACGAAGAGGAGACGCCGUACUUGGUGAAGAUACCCAUAGCGGCUGAGAAAAUCACUCUGCUGGAUUUUAAACAGGUCUUGAACAAGCCGAACUACAAAUUCUUCUUCAAGUCAAUGGAUCAGGACUUCGGGGUGGUGAAGGAGGAGAUCUCAGACGACAGUGCCAAUCUGCCCUGCUUCAAUGGAAGAGUUGUUUCCUGGCUGGUGUCCUCUGAUACCUCUGCAGCAGAGCCCCCAGCUCCUCCAGUAGAGGUCCCAUCUCAGACUUCUCCUACGCCUCCUCCCCUCCCACCACCUCCAGCUGAGAGGACAGGGGGCAUCGGAGACUCCAGACCCCCAUCCUUCCAUCCCAACACUGCAGGCAGUCUGGAGACCUUAGAUGAUCAGACAGAGACAGAAUCAAUCAUGUCUUUCAGGAGAGAGAGACCUCGCCCCAGAGAGAGCCUAGAGCAACAUGGGCUACGUAUGAAUGGUCAAUCCCAUAUGGACAGACACCUUGCAGGGUAUGAGAGUGCGACCACAGUGAUGAGCAGUGAACUAGAGACCACCAGCUUCUGUGAUUCAGAUGAUGAUGAUACAAUGAGCAGGUUCAGUAGCUCCACAGAGCAGAGCACAGCAUCUAGAUUACUGAAGCGUCAUCGCAGACGAAGGAAACAGCGCCCCCGGCUGGAAAGGGCCUCCUCUUUAAGUAGUGUCACAGAUUCAACCAUGUCCCUAAAUAUUAUCACAGUCACUCUUAACAUGGAGAAGUAUAAUUUUUUGGGGAUUAGUAUAGUGGGUCAGAGUAACGAGAGAGGGGAUGGAGGCAUCUACAUUGGCUCUAUCAUGAAGGGAGGAGCAGUGGCUGCUGAUGGACGCAUUGAGCCUGGAGACAUGCUACUUCAGGUGAAUGAUAUCAACUUUGAGAACAUGAGUAAUGAUGAUGCAGUCAGGGUGUUACGUGACAUCGUGCACAAACCAGGACCCAUCAUCCUGUCUGUAGCAAAAUGUUGGGACCCCUCUCCUCAAGGAUACUUCACCCUGCCACGCAAUGAGCCAAUUCGGCCCAUAGACCCUGCAGCAUGGAUCAGUCACUCUGUAGCUCUGACAGGAGCUUUUCCGUCCUACCCUGGCAGCACAGUCACCUCCAGCUCAUCUGUAACUGAAACUGAACGAUUUGAUGAGUUUAACCUGUCUCUGUGCUCGGACAUGGCAUCAGUCGCUAAGGCCAUGGCAUCUCCAGAAUCAGGGCUGGAGGUCAGAGACAGAAUGUGGCUGAAGAUCACCAUUCACAGUGCUUUUCUGGGUUCAGAUGUUGUUGAGUGGUUGUACCAUCACAUUGAAGGGUUUCAGGACCGUCGAGAAGCUCGUAAAUAUGCUAGUAACCUACUAAAGGCUGGAUUCAUCAGACACACCGUAAACAAGAUUACCUUCUCUGAACAGUGUUACUACAUUUUUGGAGACUUGAACAACUGUGAAAAUUAUAUGGCCAACCUGUCUCUUAAUGAUAAUGAUGGUUCGAGUGGUGCUUCAGACCAGGACACUCUGGCUCCUCUUCCAUUGCCAGGGGCAACACCGUGGCCUAUGCUUCACUCUUUCCAAUUCCAAUAUCCUAACCCCUACUCCACACAGCCCCCUCCCUACCAUGAACUUACCAACUACAGCUACGGCCCAGGCAGUGCGGGCAGCCAGCAUAGUGAAGGGAGUCACAGCAGUGGCUCUACACGGAGUGAUGGAGAAAGGAGAAGGGGCAGUAAGAGUGUAACUGGCAGUACAGGGGGUGGUAGCACACGUGACAACAAAUCUCCUGGUGGGGUAGGGGCUGACUCGCGUUCUGGCAGCGGCAGUGAAUCAGACUACUCUGUUCAAAGCAAUCUGAGACGGGACCAUGGCUCGGCCACACCCAGUGAACACAGUCGCUCAAGUCAGCGCUCGCAUCAUCGUGUCCCGUCCACUCACCUUGCCCCGUAUCCGCCCGGAAUACCCAUCCCUUACAACCCAAUGGUGGUGAUGAUGGUGCCCCAGCAUCCACACCCACACUUAGCACUUGGAGCCCCACACCCACAAACACCUUUGACCCACCAUCAUGCCUUGCCACCCUCCAUCACUACUGGUGGGCCACCUGGAGCUCCACCAACCCGAGACCUGGGCUCAGUCCCCCCUGAGCUAACAGCCUCCAGACAGUCUUUCCACUUGGCCAUGGGCAACCCCAGUGAAUUCUUUGUAGAUGUUAUGUAAUGAAUGGGAUGAAAAGAUUAAAAUGUGUAUAGGUUGAUGCAUGAGUGGAUGAAUGUAUACUGAAAGAUUUGUAAUAUGUGACAACUGUGAGUUUUACUCAAAGUUUACAGUAAUUGCAGUUUACCAGUAGUAACAGGGUUCAUGCAGUCAGCUGGAAAUUUAAGGGUAGGAAGUCUUGCACAGCGCAAAAUUCUAAAUCCAUUUUUAUCUUUGUGGUAUUGACUGCACUAAAGUGUAUGUCUUCAAAUGUUUAAAGUUUACCAAGGACUUCUAAAACAGGGAUGCAAACUACUCACCUUCUAGCUAAAGUCUCCUUUUCUAAAGAUAAUUUGCCCAAAUUGUUCAGUACAAUUUUCUACAUUUUCCUUAUUAAAAUCACUUGAAAAGGAUAUUUCAGGCUUAAACACAUAAAUAAAGCUUUAAAUACAACAAAAAGCUUUACACACAUCAAACAAAUCAACAGAAAUGAUACAUCUGGAACAUCUCCUAUGACUUUCUCAAAUGUUUCACCAUUCAUGUGUGCAUCCCUGUAAAAGCAUUUAUCUCAUGCAAUCUAUACUAUAUGCUUUCAAAAAGAUUGUCUUUGCACUGCUGAAUGAAGCCAGGGUUUAUGGAAACAAAUAUUUGCUUGUCAUUUUUUUGGGAUUUAAAGAUCUCACAAAACUGUUCUGUUUCCAGGUAUUAGAAGAAAGUUUUAUUUUCAAAGACAUUUACAAAUAGACUAAAAUGGUGAAGUACUCAAAAGGUACAUACAGAAGAAGAUUAACACCAUAAAAGGUACUUUUAGUGUAGAAUGAUUUGUUUUUGUGAAUGUUCCAGUUUCUACUCCAGAGUUUGUUAUUUGUCUUUAUGACUGAUAAUCAUAACUGUUUUUGGAAGUAUGUGUUUAUUGAUAUAAUGAUCAAAGAAUGCAGGUGCUACAUAAAGAUACUGAUACUCAAAGGAGUGCCAUGUUACUUUUGCAUGUUUUCACUCAAAAU